GCGGUGUCCCGGAUGAGCGCAGGCGUCGUCAGGCGGUUCGUCAGUGUAAACUCGCUCAGCGCGUCAGGCGUGUUUCUCUCGCGUUUAUUCUCAGUAUUUUCUCAUUUGAUCCUCACUGUUGGAAUCAUGAAACUGCUGCAGAAGCUGCUGUUGCUGCUCUUACUGGCGUUUCCAGCCACGCUGCUGCUGAAGGGUGAGUUUGACUGUUCGAUCAGGCCUCGAUACAUACUCUGUAGUGCGCUACAAAGUACACUAGAGAUCAGAAAGUGCUUUGCUGUGACUACUGAUGAUGUGAUGGCUGAGGAUGAGGAUGAUGAAGCUGAGGUGGAGGACGAUGAUAACACUGAACUAACGGAAGAAAAGGAGGAAGAGGAGGAAGAAGCUCUGGUGGGAGAGAUGAAGGCUUCACCCAAUGCUGACACCUCCAUCCUCUUCGUCAAAGGAGAAGGUGAACGAGUCGAUCUCACAUUCACCAGCGGCUCAUACUCGCCAGGAGACAUGAUUUUGUUUUACCGUCUCUGGACUCGAUCCUCUCUCACUCACUCGUGUCCUUCCUCUCUGCUGUUUCAGGGGAACGUGUUCCAGGACGCCGUCUUCAACCAAACCGUCACCAUCACCGAGAGAGAAGACGGUCUGGAUGGAGAGACGAUCUUCUUGUACGUGUUUCUGUCGGGACUCGGCCUGCUGCUGGUGGUCGGCCUUCAUCAGCUGCUCGAGUCACGCAAGAGGAGACGGCCAGCAGCUAAAGUGGAGAUGGGAACCUCCAAUCACAAUGACGUGGACAUGAGCUGGAUCCCACAGGAAACACUCAACCAGAUCAAUAAAGCUUCUCCAAGACAAUCUCCACGCAAGAGGACUCAGAAACGCUCGGCCGGAUCAGACGAGUGAGAGACACCGCCAUCUUCAUCAUCAUCAUCAUCAUCUGUGUUUACAGUGAGACGGCGAGUCUGUCCUUCACUGGAUGCCAACAGAGACUGACACACACACUCAUACACUCACACUCACACACACAUUCUCUCUCACUCUCACACACACACACUCAUACA